AUGCACAUUUCCUACUUUCGAUCACAAGCCUUAAAUGUCGCUAACGAAACAUCAAAAGACUCUUCAGAAUCUCAACAUUCGAACAAUGCGCCGUUUGUACCAUCACAGUCUGAUCCACAUCAAAUGAUUGCAGAUCUCAAUUCAAAUUUAAGUCCCGCAUUUGCUGAACAAAACUUCUUUCCAUCAUUCUUUCAACCACUUCAACAACAUCAAGCAGCUCGACCUUUUAGCAAUCGUCAUCAUUUUACUCCAUCUUCAGUACCUUCAGCGCGAUAUUUAUCAUCUUUUAAAAGUUCAUUCGAUAAUUCAAUUCUUGGAUCGGGAGAUUUCGAUGUCGUUGAAGGUGGAACCUUUUUUGCUGACGGAGAUCGUUUGCGAAAGCCUAGUCAUCGUUACAGUCAUCGGAAUUCGGGAGAAACUGGUCAACCAUUUGCAUUACCACUUCAGUCAUCAAGCAACUCUGGUGAUUCUCUUGCAAACUUCAAAGAUUUUGCUGACAUCACUGCAAGUAUUGAUGGAGAAUUCUCAAAUAACAUUAAUAUUUAUACGAAAACAGAUUCAAAAGUUAAACAUGAGCCGAGAAAUAUUCUUGAACAACUUGAAAUGAUCGAUAAAGAAAAAAUGAUGGAAAAAGAAAAAAAGAAAUUAAAUUUGACAUCCGCAAGCGAUAUUAAAUGA